ACACCAACAUGAGCUGGCAGUACAGAGGUCAAAAAUAUAUAAUGUACCAUGGGACCACCAGGGAGGCUGCUAAAGCCAUCAAGCACGAAGGUUUUCGUCAGUCUGCAGGCGGGAUGCUCGGCCGCGGCGUCUACUUCAGCACAGACCCGGAGAACGCUAGCCGCUAUCCCCUCGGUCACCCAGAGUUUGACAAGGUCGUCAUUAUGGUUGAGGUCCACGUGGGGAGAGUGAUAAAGAUCGAUUAUCAUGGCCAUCCACUUCAGAAGACCUGGCAUGACCAUGGCUACGACACCGCCUGGGUGCCACCCGGGUGUGGAAUGGUGAUGAGCGGUUCAGGAGGGGAUUGUGUCUGGGAUCCCGAUCGCAUCAAGUACAUUAAAACAUUACAUAGCAGUGAUACUGACACCAACCUGAGCUGGCAGUACAGAGGUCAAAAAUAUAUAAUGUACCAUGGGACCACCAGGAAGGCUGCUAAAGCCAUCAAGCACAAAGGUUUUCGUCAGUCUGCAGGCGGGAUGCUCGGCCGUGGCGUCUACUUCAGCACAGACCCGGAGAACGCUAGCCGCUAUCCCCUCGGUCACCCAGAGUUUGACAAGGUCGUCAUUAUGGUUGAGGUCCACGUGGGGAGAGUGAUAAAGAUCGAUUAUCAUGGCCAUCCACUUCAGAGGACCUGGCAUGACCAUGGCUACGACACCGCCUGGGUGCCACCCGGGUGUGGAAUGGUGAUGAGCGGUUCAGGAGGGGAUUGUGUCUGGGAUCCCGAUCGCAUCAAGUACAUUAAAACAAUACAUAGCAGGUACUGUAUAAGCCCUAAUUUUAACCAUUAGGGACCCACCCUAUUCUAUUAUUGUUUAGCACGUUAAUGUGCUAAUGUGUAAACAUU